AUGGAUUCAUCAGUUGUUGAUUUGAACAAUUCUUAUAAAGAAAGUCCUUCGAUCGAUCUUACUUCUGAUACUGAUAAUCAAUGUCUUGCUUGGAGGUUCUCUCUUAUACGUAUACUUGAUUUACUUCAUCUAAAAUUUGUUGAUGUUGUUUUAAACCUAAAAUCACCGUGGAAAUUGGAAGGUCAAUGUAAAAUGAUUCCCUUAGGAAAAAGAUUUUUCACUAUUAAGCUAGAUAAUGAAAGAGAUCGAAAUAUGAUUAAAGAAGGGAGAUGGGAACUUUUUAAUCAAGUUUUAUGGAUAAGAAACUGGAUUCCUGAUUUUAGGCCAGAGAAUCACAGAACUUCGUUGGCAAAUGUUUGGGUUCAUCUACCUGGACUUAGCCUGGAGUAUUGGGAAGAAAAAACUUUCUUCACUAUUGGAAGAGCUCUGGGAGAGCCUGUUAAAAUUGAUGAUGCAACACUGAAUUAUGAGACAGGAUAUUAUGCUAGAAUGCUUAUCAGUAUAGAUUUUGCAAAGAAGGUUCCUAAUAUACUCUGGAUCAAAACAAAGAAUGGAGGAUUUAUGCAAUAUGUUCUCCUAAUUAAACCUCCUAAAUUUUGUCAGCACUGUAAAAUUGUUGGUCAUCUCCUAUUGGAAUGUAAUUUCAAAAAUAAUCAAAGUAAUAUAGAAGGAGCAAAUAAAGGUGGUGAGCAAGUUAAGAAUCCAGUACAAGAAGUUGUUCAACAAAGAGCUCAGAAUCAAAGUACUUCUCAUAAACAAUCUCCAAGUCAAGGCUCUAAUCCAAGGCAAAGUUCUAGCAGUCAAAAACACUAUGUACAAGAACCUUUUGAUAUAUGUGAAUCUCCAAUAAUUCAAAUACUACAAAAUACUGGACAUAAAGUAACCAGUGGAAUACCUAUUACUAAAGGAAUGUUUUCAUCCUUGCAAGAAGAAGAAGUUCAGCAAAAUAACUUUUAA